ACUCUUAUCAAAGACUUGGUCGUGUCAAAAACAGUGAAAAGGACGAAUUAAAAUAAUCUGACUCAAUCAAAGUCUUUGGAGUUUGCAAUCUUGGCAUUGUCUAUCACAAACUUUAGAUAAGAGAGACUCUGAUAAAUCAGAAGUGCAAUCUUGGGAUUAAUAUGUCACCCCGGAAUAGCCUGACAACGAUUUAAUGUUUAAUUAUGUGGGUAGCUGAUCGAACUAUUGCAAUACGACUGGAUUAAAUCCUGGACCGCUACCCCGAUAAACACGGUUGGAUACCAUUUGAACAAAUUGUACUUCACUUCGUUUAUAACUAUAGACUCUUCGCGCAGGGGUAACAGACAACAGUUGGAAAAUGGGUGUGCCGAAACAUUAGCCUCUGAUUGGACAGAUCAGAUUUUGAUUGCUGCCCAGGGAUAGAGGUUCAUAUAGGGUAACAAGUUUUGGUUUUGGUACGCAAUCGGACCCUAUCCCUUAACCUCAAACUCUAAACCCCAACCUUGAAGAAUCGGGAAUUCGCUCGGUCAUUCCAGUUGCGUAGCAUUAUAAUGCUACAACCCAUAUAUAAUUGAUUAAUGAUUAACUUGAUGAAAACGACCAACAUUAAAUUCGAAACAAGUGACAAGCAGUUUGGGAAAAUAAGCCGUCCAAAAUGAUUUGGAAAGCUUUAAUAGGUGUAUCCACGACAGCGGUCAUAGUUGCCAUGGUAACACGAGCUUGGUUCGUGGGACAAAGUAGGCAUGAUGGAGCCAAUGCCUUGAAGGAAUGGUCCAACAAACCAGGAGAGGAAAAACUGAAAAACCAUACAAAAGAGUUCAACAAUCCGAUUGUUAGAAAAGUGACCGAUGGGGUAUAUGUUGCAAUAGGGUUUGCCCUCGCCAACUCGAUCAUGUUAGAAGCACCAGAGGGGCUCAUCAUAGUCGACGUCACGGAGACAGUUGAAUCUGGUAGAAACGUGUUGAAAGCAUUCAGAGAGAUCAGUGAUAAACCAAUCAAAGCUCUGAUAUACACCCACAACCACGCAGAUCAUACAUGUGGAGCAAAGGCAUUUAUUGAGGACCCAGCCAAUCCGCCAGAUAUCUGGUCCCACUACACAUUACCCACACAGUUCAAACGAGUCUUCACAGUCGUCAAUCAUAUCACUUACAUCCGGGCCAUGCGCCAAUUCGGGGUCUUCUUGGAGGGAAGGGGCCAUCUGAACUCGGGUAUUGGACCAAGACUGGGCCAUAGUGUGGAGUUUGGUAUAGUUCUCCCAAAUCGUUUGAUGUCGUCUAAUGACGAAACAAUCACUAUAGCAGGACUUACACUUAGGUUAAUUCACGUGCCGGGAGAAACUCCCGACCAGAUCUGUGUGUGGAUACCAGAAAAACGCGUACUUCUCCCGGCUGACGAUAUUUACAAGGCAUUCCCCAAUCUCUACGCCAUUAGAGGAACACCACCGAGAAACACUAUAGAUUGGGUGAACUCUAUCGACAAGAUGCGCCAUUUGAGACCUCAAUUCCUUGUACCGAGUCACACCAAACCAUUAGAGGGCGUGGAAUUUAUUUUCAAGAUAUUCACAGACUACCGCGAUGCUAUUCAAUUCGUCCAUGAUCAAACCGUUCGUUGGAUAAAUAAAGGUCUUUACCCUGAUGAAAUCGUAGAAAGGGUACACUUACCGGACAAUUUAGCAUUUAACCCAUUCCUCCAGGAGUUUUACGGUACAGUGGCAUGGAGCGUUCGAGGUGUGUUUGAUUCAUAUAUUGGCUGGUUUAGUGGCGAUCCAGUUGACCUGAAUCCCCUAUCCCCACGCGAUAAAGCUUCUCGUAUAGUGAAACUAGCAGGAGGAACUGACGCUGCGGUAGCUGCUGCAAUGGAAGCAUUCCAGGAAGACGAUCUACAAUGGGCCCUAGAAUUGUCAUCUAGUGUCCUCAUAACAGACGCAAGUAACGCUAAAGCACAAGAGAUCAACAUCAAAGCCUUACAAGGUCUAGGCGUACGCCAGACUAGCCCAAACGCUAGGAACUAUUACUUGACCAGGGCUUUGGAACGUAGCGGGGAGAUCCCGACUAUAGCACCCAAUCCAGUACAAAGAUCAAGUUUAGUCAAAAUCAUUCCAGUCAAUUACAUCAUGGACGCAUUAUCAAGAAGACUUAAAGCAGAAGAUGCAAUUGGAGUGAAUCAGACAUUAGUUUUACAUUUUCCUGAUACCAAUACAACAUUUAGUUUACAUUUACGAAACUGUGUAUUAGAGGUAACGGAUUAUGAAGUGGACGGUUGGGAUAUAAAAGCCACAAUGGACGAACAAAUAUAUAGAGAGUUUGCAGCCAAAGAACGGUCACCAGGAGUAGCAUAUGCAAAAGGUGACAUGACGGUUGAAGGUGGAAUCUUAGCAUUUAGAAAAUUUAUGAAUUAUUUCGAUAUUGAAUAAUCACACCAGCGUACUUUAAAUGUAAAAUAAACAUGUUUCAGUAUUUCUAAUUGUGUAUGUCGUGUAACUGAUGAAUGAGGGCAAAAGAAUGAAAAACAGGGUGCUACCGAGGAAGGGGAGAGGACGUUACACAAGAAAAUCGAGCAAACGAAUGACAAAUGGGAAAGUGUUGAAUUUGAGAACAAUACAAUAAAAAGAGGAACGGGUGUAACUGAAGGAAAGAGGGCAACAAAAUAACAAAGGGGAAAUGACGUUACACAAGGAAAGAGGGCAACAGAAUGAAAAAGAGAAUAUGACGUUACACACGAGGGCAACAGAAUGACAAAGAGGUAAUGACGUUACACAACAGCGCAACAGAAUGACAAAGGGGUAAUGACGUUACACAACAGCGCAACAGAAUGACAAAGGGGUAAUGACGUUACACAACAGCGCAACAGAAUGACAAAGGGG